GUGUAAGAGAGAGAAAGAGAGAGUGUUAGUCCAUGUAUGAUUGCUGUGUAGCAGCUAGUCAUCUAGAUCUGAAUCUUCAACUAGCAGUCCUCGUCUGCCAUGCAUAUUUUACAGUCCCACUGCGGCAUCAGGUCAGCACUGUGGCUCAAUGGCCCGAAAAGGAAGAGAAAGAACAGCCAAUGUUCGUUGAAGAGUAUGACUGCACGUUGUCUGAGUGACAGCUCCAAAUCCCCCGAGCUGAAAGAAGCGAAUAAAGACGGGUACAUCCCCAGCUACCUCGAAAAGGAUGAGCCGUGUGUGGUUUGUGGUGACAAGGCCACAGGCUACCACUACCGCUGCAUUACCUGCGAGGGCUGCAAGGGCUUCUUCCGUAGGACCAUUCAGAAGAACCUCCACCCCAGCUACUCCUGUAAGUACGAUGGCUGCUGCAUCAUCGACAAGAUCACCCGCAACCAGUGUCAGCUUUGCCGCUUCAAGAAGUGCAUUGCAGUGGGCAUGGCCAUGGACUUGGUGCUGGAUGACUCAAAGCGGGUGGCUAAACGGCGUCUGAUUGAAGAGAACAGGGAGCGACGCAAGAAGGAGGAAAUGGUGAAAACCCUCCAAAACCGUCCAGAGCCCACUGACAGCGAGUGGGAGGUGAUCCACCUGGUGACGGAGGCCCACCGGCACACCAACGCUCAGGGCGCACAGUGGAAACAGAAGCGCAAAUUCCUGCCAGAGAAAAUCGGCCAGUCCCCGGUUACUCCCACGUCAGACGGAGACAAGGUGGACCUGGAGGCCUUCAGCGAGUUCACCAAGAUCAUCACUCCUGCCAUCACCCGUGUCGUCGACUUUGCCAAAAAAUUGCCCAUGUUCUCUGACCUACCGUGUGAAGACCAGAUCAUCCUGUUGAAGGGCUGCUGCAUGGAGAUCAUGUCGCUGCGAGCCGCCAUCCGCUACGACCCCGAGAGUGAGACGCUGACGCUGAGUGGGGAGAUGGCCGUGAAGCGGGAGCAGCUGAAGAACGGCGGGCUGGGCGUGGUGUCGGACGCCAUCUUCGAUCUGGGCAAGAGCCUGGCGCAGUUCAACCUCGACGACACAGAGGUGGCGCUGCUACAGGCCGUGCUGCUCAUGAGCUCAGAUCGCUCUGGCCUGACCUGCAUGGACAAGAUCGAGAAGUGCCAGGAGACCUACCUGCUGGCGUUUGAGCACUACAUCAACUACCGCAAGCACAACAUUCCUCACUUCUGGCCGAAGCUCCUAAUGAAGGUGACCGACCUGCGGAUGAUCGGGGCGUGCCACGCCAGCCGCUUCCUUCACAUGAAGGUGGAGUGUCCCAAUGAACUCUUCCCCCCGCUCUUCCUGGAGGUCUUCGAGGACCAGGAGGUGUGAAACACAAUUCCCACCAUGCAAAGAGUGGAAGUGGAAGAGUGGAAGUUGGGGCAAAUUGGGAGAUGGAAGGGCCAUCGUUUUUACAGGGAAAGGAAGAGUCCUCUCGGCAGAAAUCUGCAUUCCUCCGACAUUGCAUUUACAGAUGUGGUUUAAAAACUGGAACCAACCAAUACACAAACAACACACCAGCAACAGGAGAGUCGAGCAAACAGAGGAUUUUUGUUUUUCGACAGCCCUCUCCUCCACCUAAUUCUCCUCCUUUUACCUACCCCUGUUUCAAAAUCCGUGUGGGGGCCCUUCUGUCUGAGCAUGAUGUCUUAUUUAGUAAGAGUUGUAUCCAUUUGCCAAGACACUUGCACACGCACACACACACACACACACAUGCACAUACACACACAGCCACAGCCUGUUCCACCUCAGUUAUUCAGAGCAGCGCUCUUUUCGGGGGUCCGUUCCCCCUCUCGUGUUCUUUUUUUUAACGGUCACCGAUUUACACACCUUUUAAAGCCCAUGUUUCCAGCUGCCAUGCUGGCCAGCACCUCUCAGUAUUAUUUCUGAAUAAGUGUUAAGUCAGUAAUUCAGAAAAUAUGGACAACGGUGACAUUGAUAUUGAUGCUCACAGUCAUGCAGGCACAUGCAAUCAGCAAACACUGCACAGUGAAAUGUCAGCGGAUGCUUUAAGCAUUACUUUGGUGUGAAAUGGCUGCUGUAUAGCAGAGCUACCAGACUUAGUCUUUUUAUCGAUUCCUCAACUCAAUCUGAGCCGUUACAGCUGUUUCUGGGUAUCUUAUUCGAUCCCAGUGAUACCGGUGCUAUAUUUAUAAAAGGCUACUCCAGUUUUAUGAAAUUGUGUUGUCUGCCUUUGAAAAGUAAUGUGCAGAACAUGGCUCCAUAUCUACCUUCAUUUUUUGUCAUUGGACCGGCUCCUGUGACAUACACACACACACACAUUUACACACAUUUGAGCAGAUUUGCCUUGUCAUUGCCCGAGCUGCUUGUGUUAGUGCCCUACUGGCUUUUUAAUGAAAGUUAAACCCUUCUCUCUCCAAGGAGUUACUGCAUUGAAAUAAAGAAAGGAAGAAAAAAGAAAGAAAGGAUGUGAGAGGAGGGAGGAGAAGAAGUGGAGAGAGGAAUCCAGAUUUAAUUGCUGGACUGUAGAGUCAGAGCCAGGGUCACGAGUAAUUCUCCCACACACAGCCUCCAAGGAGGUUUUCAAUAGCAGCAACUACCAGCGAGGCAGCAAAGCUCAACACACACACACACACACACACACACACACACACACACACACACACACACACACACAUCCUCAGUUCUAUCACUUGGUUGAAAUGAAAUACCAUUGAAGACAGGAGGGCCAGCCAUCCCCCCGGAUGGUUCUACCAACUCCAGGGAAUGGUACCCAUUACAUUCGGGUUAUCUCUUUUCGUUAUAUGGGACCAAAUGUCGUCUUUUGAAAUUUGGAUUUACCCCGUUUCUGUCGGAACAGAAGCCGACUCAUAGGAGCGACGAAGGACACUGUAGAUGUGCAGCCCAGCUGACACCCAUUUGCGCAAGUAGCAAGAGGAUAGAUAACAGAGUACCUAGAACCCGCAUCGGCCACGCCCGUUGAAUUAGCAUGCAGAGAAAGGGCUGUUUGCUUCUGCAUUAUGGCUAUCUUCCAUAGUACACUCAUGAUGGCUGUCCUUGGACCUUGAUAAAUAUUUUCUCUGAAAUAAGCUUUCUUUGAUGCAUGAACAGUGCAUUAGACGUGAAAAGGUAGAAUGUUCUAAACCGAAAUGAAGCUUCUUAAACUCAAAAGCUCUUUUAGUCUCAUGCACUUUACCAAUGCUCCCCACCAUAACGGUAAUAUCUCACGGCAAUUAUAUCCAUGGCAAAUAUCAUAGUGUACUAGCCAAAGGACCAUUCACCAAUGUUGAUUGAUUAGAUAAAAGCCCACUCUGUUCAUUCCAAUUCUGGGGCCAUGCCAAAUCUAACUGGGUUUACCACUCAUACAAGAAGAGAAUGAAAGAAAAGAGAGACUAAGAAAAUCUAUUUUAUACUCAACGCCAAACAGUACUUCAUACUUGGCACUUGUACAGGAUGGCUAAUCUGCACCCCUCGGGAUUACCCAAGCAGAGCAACAUGUGGCAGGGAUCAUGGGUAAUCGUCACAAAUAGCCAUGCCUCACUGCUUCGACGUCUAGAGCAACGCUGGGAGGCGAGAGGAACUGGAACGCCACCUUUGGGCAAAAUUGUGGAGCCUGGUCUGACUCCCAGAAGAAUCCCCUUCACAAGCAUUAUCCUCACUUUUAGAGAUCCAUCCCAUGCCCUGCCUUACCCUAAUCUAGCCUAUGUCCUUUCUGGAGCCUAGCUUUGACUAAAUUGCACCCCCACCAACAUUAUAACAGGCCCCACCUAGCCUGGCUGGUGGGAGCUUUUGCACUACUGCAGCGUCCCCCUACUCAUCAAAACAACACCUCUUGUUGGAUUCCCUAUUUGCGCCCCUCACCAAAACUCCCGUCAUUUAGGGUGCGUUUGGUGCGGGACACUCCUUACGAAGGUGAGUUUUGGUGGCUCUGUGUAACAGAGGCUGGCCGUUGAAGUGGGCUCAGUCCCAAACCUGACCCGUUGUCAGUAUUAGACCCUCAGCACAUGACCCUCACCCUUAAAUCAUCCCAACUGGGGGCGUAAAGAGAUCCCUGCGCAGGAGGGCUGUGCACAGUAGCACUUAUUAAUUCUCCUUGUAGUAUCCAUUUCCCCGAUUAUCCUUCCUAUAGAGUCAGCCCAGUGACAUUUCAAAUUCAGAGCCCUCCCUUCAAUCAUCCUCUCUCCCCCUCUCCUCUUCACGAAGCACCCUAGCUAUCCUACCCACCCACAGCCGAGUGGGAUGCGCCCAGUUUGGCCCAGAAACAUUGACACCAAACGGGAUCCAGGCCUCUUCGUUGUGAGACAAGGCUGGCCAUAUCUGCCCUUUAGUGUGGCGCCACCGAAUGAAUGUGAAAGGCAAAGCUGCAGCGAUGGGAACGAGAGACUUGAACGCGAGAUUGUGCGGAUGCGAGAGAAGAAAUCGUCAGACAGGAAACACAAAGCUGAGGGUCCCGACCCUCACUGCCAUCAUUGACAUGGGUGACAGAGGGUGAUGUGGUCGGACGAUGCUAACAAACACUCGGAAGAAGAGGAGACGGCAGUGUUGGAAUAUGUAGCGUCUCCCCUUUCAGUUCCCACAACGACCACAUAUGAGCCCCUGCUCCCAUGCCAGCUGACAACCCCAAAUGUCCCCCUCAGCUCCCUCCAAAAGGAUAACCCCCACCUGUCAUGUAGUGAGGAUCAGAACGUGAUCGCUCAUUCCAGAGAUGCAGGUUUGGAAUUCCGACACAUCUUUGUAAAAGAACUGAAAAAGAGAACCCUAUUGAUGUCCUUUGUUCUCGUGAGCUGACUGGAUAUGUGUGUGUGACAGUAGGGGUUAUAAUGCUGCUUUACCUUCUGAGUCUGAUUUAGAUUAAGAAAAAAAGAUAUAUGAAAUGAUUAUAAAUCCACAAAACACAAUGAAAAGAGAUGACUUUUUAAAAAAAAAAGACUCCUGAACAAAAUUAUUGGAGAAUUUUUCCUUUUAUCAUUGUUUUCUUAUUUUUCUGUUUGUUUUUUGACGCUUAAACGGCUCUGUGUAAAAAAGGUAAAAAAAAACAGCUCUAGUCACUUUUUGACCAUGCGUGCAGUGUAACAUAGAAAAUAUUUCACUUCUUUUUCACAUCUAUACUUUGUGUUGAUAAGCCAACUGAUCUAUUUGUCUGUGUGUCUGUCCAGUUGUCCGUCCACUUUUAUCAGGAGGAAUUUACAAGCAACAAAACAGGAAUUUCUUUUUUAUAUUUUUCUUUUUUUAUGAAAUACAACUUUGGAGAAAAAAAACACAAACAGGAAAAAUAAUGCAACAGAAAAUGAAAAUACAAAAAAAAAAAAAACAAUCUUGUCGUACCUCACACAACACAAAACUCAAAGGAACUUGGGAGGAGUCAUAUUUUGCAGGCACAUGUGAAAGUUCAGAGAUGCAUAUAUAGAUUUAAAAAAAAUGUAUAUGUUAAGAUAAUGUGUGCUUGUGUGUACGCAUCAGUAUAAGUUACAAAAUGACUCUUCCCUCAAGCUUUUGUGCUCUACCUUAUAUGGUUGUGAGACGUUAGAUACCAUCAGCUAACGUGUAGUUCUCCAACUUAAAAAGGCACAGUCUUUAGACGGUAAACUUAAAAAUGUGAAUAGCCCAGAGACUGAGGGACUAAGACUUUUGUAAUGGCUGAGAGUUUUAUGGUAUUGAAUGUAGCUGACAGGAAGGGGCUGGACCUGAGCCCGGCACCCACAACCCAACUUCCACACACCAGCAGAAACUAUAUUGGUGUCACAUAGACGUUACCAACCUACAACAAAACUGAGAAUAUAUAUUGCCCAUCUGCAAGGUGCAAUACUAUGUUGUGUAUUUUUGUAUGUUUUCUCUUUUUGAUUUUAUUUGUGUUUUUAUUUACAUUUUAUUGUUGGCCAUAACCAAGGAUGUAAAUACAAAAACAUACAACACUCGAGAUUUAUUGCAACAAAGUACAUUUAACCUCUCCAUCCCGCUCCAAUGUAAGAGGGGGGGGGGAAAGCAAAGUAAUGUGUAAUGCUUCAUACGUUAUUGUGUGUGUGUGUCUGUGUGUGUGCACUCUCUCACAUGUGCAUGCUGGUCCAUAUUCAGAAGUGCCCCGUGACAUUAAUCAUGAACCCUGUGCCUCCUGUUGUUUGCAAAGAGAUAGAUUCAUACCCCUCAUAUUCUCACAAUGACACCACACACCACACAUGAAUGCCUAUAGUUAUGUGUGUAUGUGUGUGUGUUCACCUAUGGUAUCAGUUCUUCCAAACUCUUGAUGUGAGUGUUGCCAGCAGCCACAGUGGCCAAAGGUCUGCAGGGCAGUGAGGUGGGAGAGGCAGAUAAAUAGAACACAAGCAGGUUAAUAUUGAAGUGAAUGUCAGCUAACGUGGCUGCAAAACACACACAUCGAGGUUGGAAACUGCCAACAUGGAUUUCCCCAUUCGUCCACCAUCCCAUUGCCUCCCAGAAGCCAGCCUAAAAAACUCUUGCUCAGUUUGUGAUACAAGGUGGUCAUAAACCUGAACCAGGGACUAUUAGAGGUUCAAUUUGUAGUUGUCAUUUCAUGUGUCUUUCUUAAAAUCCGGAUUCAAUACGUUUUUUUAUUAACACUAAGCAACAUAUAUGUAUCUCUUAUUGGACGGAUCAUGUCUUUGUUUACGCGGGCUAUAUGCAAUUUGGAUCUGAAGCUCCUCAAAACAUGAGAAGCUCUGGAAGCUUCAUCUAUCUACAGCCUUAGUUAACCUUAAAGAGUGAAAAUUACAGAUGCAUUCAGACUUCUCCACAUCUGGCAAGAAUGCAUCUGAAUACUCUUCUCGCACGCAUUCAAAUUUCAAUCCUCUGAUAUGCAUUUCUACUGCAGUCCAAUAACGGUCCACUCUGCCCGAGACACAUGAAGUGUAAAUGGAGUCUUAGCUGGUGAUGAAAGUUUGAACUCUAGCACCAUAUAUGGUUUUCAUUUCUUACUGGCAUAAGCUGAAAGUCAUUUGGUCUCUGAUGAAGCCCAGACUAUCGCAAAUUGCGUUAGCGGCACCACAACAUACAGAGAUUCAAGGCUGGCUCUGCGGGGACAAACUCAUCCCAUCCAUAAAUAUUAUGAUCCUGAUUUAUUCUCACAUGUUGACAUGUUGGACAAGGGUGGAGAUUUUCUGUGAUGUUUUUUGGUUUCACGGUUGUGUUUGGUCCCCCCCUAUGCCAAAUGUAGAGUUUGUGAAGUAGUAAGACGUCUAUGCAAUUUCCCUCCUGCUCCCUCCCACAGACUCAACGUAACAACAGCGAGCCAGUCUUGCUUGUAAAAUUCGGCCUGGCUUGAAUUCCAGAUGUUCUGGACAUCUCGCUACUUAUAUCAGCGGGGGUCUGGACUACCUUGGUGAGCUGGCCUUUAGCCCAGCUGACUGCCUCUCUCCGAGGUAGUCCGGGUCUCAGAGAAAGUAGGAGGGGGUACUGGGGUUGUUGUGGAGAAUAAGGAUUCUACGAGAUGUGCUGUUUAUUUGUAAACUGCUCAGAAAGUGGUGUGUGUGCAUUUAUGUGUAUGUUGUUUGGAAGUUUGGGUACGUCUUCUUGAUGCGAUGCUCUCGUCGUCGGGUGGGUCCAACGUUAAGGCCACGAAUUACAAGAUUUAGAAAAUCCCCUUAACUCACUUGUCUGCAAUAUGUGUGUAAAGCUUUAAUUGUUUCUAUCCUGCGACCAACUUAAUGUAAUGAUAAAGAGUGGGUGUUUGAUGUCUAUCAGUGGGAAACAUAGCAUAGCUAAGUUUACCUAACCUAUUCCUGUACUUUUUAGACAUGAGGAAAGGAUUUGACCUGAUUUGUAAAUGAAGAAAGAAUGAUAAACAUCUACAACCUACUGAGCCCCCGUUGAACAUGAGCACUUAACUAAAAUGCACUUUGAAUGGCCCAAACCAAUCCACGAGACGUGGAAGAAUCUUUGGUGAUAAUAAUUAUGCUGACAGGAAAAAAAGUAAAAUUGCACCAAAGCCAAAUGCCUUUUGUACCGUUAAUUGUUUUUCAAAUGAGUUUAACCCGAAAAUUAGAGUUUCAGCCUUUAGGCAUCUAAUGACUAAUUAUAAAGUUUACGAUUCUUUUUUUAUUGAAGUGCAAUAAGUGAGUGAGGGAACCUUUUGGCGUGGUUCUUGUCUCAGCAGAUCUUUUUUAUGAUUGUGGGAAAAUAGUCAUCUCAUGAUUGAUUCUAAAAUGUUCCCACCCAUGAGAGCAUCAGCUUAGACCCGCUCCACACAAACAUGCACACACACACACACACACACACACACACACACACACACACACACACACACACACACACACACACAGACCACUUUGUGUGACUGGGUAAAGGAAGCUAUUGAAGGAUUCUCUCAGGUAAAAGAACAUUUUCUAAUAAAUGAUGAUGAACCUUAGAUGAAAAACCAUUGUUAGCUCCUCUUUUUUUGUCUUCUCAAUUUACAAUCAGCAAUGUACCUUUUUUUCUGUUUUCUGUGUUCGCUCCAGAUUGAAAUGGUAUAGACAUCCAGGCUUCAAGGAUUUGGGUCGUGUGUCUAUCUCAAAUACUAAUCAUGACUUCAUGUGUGGAGGUGGGACAGUGUUUUCUGUCGUGUUUGUUUGAGAGUGGGAGUUGUUUGCUUAUGUUAUGUGCCAUACGUACCAUAUGGAACCCCAUUCCUGCCAGGAAAAGAAAAAUGAAUUUUAUUUACGCUGCCCCAUAUCACAAUGUGCCUCAAAGGGCUUUACAAUCUGCAUUUAAAAGGUUAAAACAUUGAAUAAACCUCCCUCUUCAUUUACUGACAGACAUGCAAUACAUGUCAUGUGUACAGAAUAACCAACAUGGUAAAAUGACGCCAUGGGCUGGGAUGACAAAAUAAUGGGUAUAUUAUAAACGUGAAGAAUAUGGCUCUUAAAGCAACUUCCAGAUGUUACCAAACAGAUGAGACCAGCAUGGAACAAUGUGUUUCCCAUUAUUCAGAGAACAACAGUGCUGCACAAAUGGCCUAUCUCGCACCUUUUAGAAAAGGGAAACAUAAAUUGUGUUUCUGCACCAUAAUUUGGAUCAGCUCAAACAUAAUGGACUUUUCCCUGGCCCAUGCUACACCCUAACAGUAAUUUCUCUGUAAUCCUGCUGACAAACAGACGACCAAAUUGUAAUUUGAUGAGCGUAAUUUGAAGAACUGAGGCGAAAAGAUAACAUCCUAUACGAAGGUAAUGAGGCAAUGACAGCCAGGGGAGACAGAAAAGGUCACGGGACGGCUGAUGGUUCAGCACAGGGAAGCCAGAGAGAGAGAGAAGAAGAGGAACACAGUGCUUUAGGGUUUAGAGAUAAAAUGGUUUUGAGAAAGUGUACUGUAUUCUCAUCUGCAACAAAACAACUUUGCCAAGGUAACAGUUGAAAUGGAAAAUGGUCUGACACUCCAAUUCUACUUUGAUUAUUUGUAUGGGAAUAUUUAUUCUACUCCCAGGGUCUUAUUAGAUGUUCUAGGCUACUUAAAGCUAUGGCCUUAUUCGAUAAAUAUUCAAAUCACCAAUUGUUUAAUAUCUCAUUAGACAAAGUAAUGUCUCGAAUUUCUUCUUAAAUUUGAAAUAAGGGCCAAAGGUAAUGCUAAUCCGACAACGAGAUCGAUUAAGUCCCCUAUUAUUAUAAAAGUUCAACCAACGAUGUGAACAAGUGUGGUAAACCAGUUCACAGUCAAGAGAAGGGACUGCAGGUCCACACACCACCAGUGGCUUCCUUUACAACCUACUCAGCCGCAAAACAGCACAUGUAUGAAGCUAUUUGGAGUGCCUUGAAAUCGAAGGUAACAUUAGUAGAGAGGAGCUUUUUAAACUGAGGAUCUGAUCUCUCCAGAGAAGACACCCUAAACCCUGUGGAUGACUAGAGGCUACGUUUGUCAGCUAGGCUAGCGUAAACAAAAGGAAAUUAAAUUCUAUGGAUAAACUCUACUCAUGACAAAUCAAAAUGAUAAAAAAUAAAGCUGAAAUGUUGGUCAGUAAUUUACUUUUUACCUCAUAAUUCCAAAAUCUCAAAAGUUAAGAUAUAUUAUCAAAAGGAAUUAUUUUUGACCUAAAGAAUACAGGAUGAUACGGGCGUAAUUUAGAUCAUGAAAAUUACAAUCUUAGAAAUGUUGAUUUGCGGUCAGUAUCUAGAUUUCUUCAUCUCUGAAUUAUGUUUUAUUAAUGACUCGAUGUGAGAAAAACUGGAUUUAAAACGUUUUAUUUUUUCUUUGAGUUAUAUAAUUAUAUUUAUUUCUAGCAUCCCCAACCCUUCCUAUUCCUGGCAGAAAUGGGCUUUCAUAGCACAGCAAGAAAGGAUCCAGCGGACCUAUCUUAAAUCCCAUGUUCUCAUUAACACGUGCCAUAGUGUUCAAAGUCAACUCAGCCCGUCCUGUCAGUAGUGGUCUUUGCACUUUCUUCCUUUACGGUCAAAGUGGCAGCAGCAACAUCCAGCUCCCCCCCAGUUGGUUCAUGGUGUACAUACAACUGUACUUGGCUCCCUUCCAAGCCACGCACCAUCCAGCCUUGAGGGGAUCAAGGGGGGGGGGGGGCUUUGUUCCUCCAUCUCUAGGCCUGUUCUAUUUCAGUGUGCUUACUGUUAAGCUGUGUGAUGUACCGAAAGAAUGGCAUGGCUAAAAACCAAGGCUGUGCAUGUUUAUAGGUGUGUGCAUGUGAAUAUCAGCAUCCAUGCUCAUGUGAGAGAACUGUCUUUAGUGUGUGAACUUUGCUAUGAACAUCCUGCUACCAGAUCAACCUCCUCCUUCCCUUCCGAAUCCCCCAAAAGCACCUUUUCAGGCCGUGGUACUUGACAGAAGUCUGUAAAACAGAGUCCUGUCACAGCCGUGUAUUAUUUCCUUUGAAGAAUGUAACUAAAAUUGUGUUCAUAUGGCUAAAAGAUAGUCUUUGAAGCCAUUGUUACAGUUUAUGAAGGUGGUGGGGUUGCAGGACAGGAACACUGAAUUGCAAGAGUGGAAUAUUUCAAAAAUAAAAGCUGCAGGAAUUCUCACAAUCAGACGUUUCUGGCAGACCGGAUCAGAUAAUGCCGCGCCUGUUAUCAUUUUGUUUCUCUUUCCAUAUGAUGGCCUUAUUGAUUGCUUUUGUAUCCUUCCUCCUCUGUGGUAUUGUUCUACAGCGUGUCUAUAGGGCACCGGAGGAUUUACUAUGAAAGCUCGAUUUAGAAAAACCCACGUUAUGUAGUUGGAUCUCUGGUAAAGAGUGUAUUAGUGUGCUGGGUGGUAGCAGGUUCGGACUCCCGAGUGAUUUUUAGGUUAUCGUGACACAAAAUAUUGAAUAAGCCAAUACUCUUUGUGGCCAUUUCAGUUCAACAAAUCAGUAGAGAAUAUUUAAGCCUUCAUGAGCUGAAUCAUGUCAUUAAAGUGCCAUAUUGGCUUAUUGAGCGCGCUGUCAACAUUAGAUGCGCGUUCAGACUGUUUGCAAUUUCAAAUGUGACUGUUUGGCAGCCAACACGUGUGCGAGGCAUUGUGUAAAUGAAAGUUGUUAUGAUCAUGACAUUCCUUUCCUUUUCCAAUGGCACAUGGAGCUCCUUUCACUGCACUACCAUCUCGCCACUAGACAUUACGAAUAGCUUUGAGCGGACACUAUCACGGUCCUAUUGCCUAGUACACCAAAUCCCAAGAUGGAACUAACAGCACUUAUACUGUAGGUGUUGCAGCGGUUUUGUGCUGCUCGGACGAUCUAAAAGGACAUUUAUAGUCAUGGAGAUAUUUUUAUAAACGGGUGGGAAAUCACAUGCCUAGACAGCUAAGAAUGUACACAAAUUAGCUUAUCUAUAAUUAGUCUAUUAAUCAGGAAUAUAGAUCAGAUAUUAGAUCAAUGAUAUGAAGUGUAGAGUAGCUUAGGGACGUGCUUAUGAGGAAAAUAUGCAAUGUUUGUCAGGUUGAAAAAAAAAAAGGAUUUGACUUGCUCAGGUUUGAAAAACCGGCCUCAAAGGGUGCUUUCCAUCCUUCCUCCCCCNNNNCCCCACCCUCUCUUGAAGACACACGUGUGCUUUGUCGGUUCCGUCAAAAACCGUCAGAGCACAUACACUAUCUGCUCUCACUGUUGUAUGCAAAACCAGAGGAAAUACUCUCUGCUGACUUUUAAACCUGAAGAAAGGGAUCAACUUCGAAACAGUUUUCCACUCUGUAGCAGGUCCAAGCCACUUUUAUACAGUACCAGCAAAAUCACCAAUAACCACCUCUUUGACACCACUGGGAACAUCUUCUUUACUGUACCAACUCUUUGCUCACAUUGUUUACAACAGAAAAGACUCAGUGUCGCAUGUACAGAAAGCUUGGCAUGCUUAUAGUAGCUAUGUUGUUAAAAACAUUUAGCAAAAAUGUGCUAUGCUUCAAAGUGGUUUCCUCAACAGCAGGAUCAGUGUUUCGCUAAAAAGCAGAUACCUGGUAGAUGCACCAAGUUCUACGUUCUGGUGCUGGUAGAUGUUUACAUGUCAGACUUUAUUUAUAGGUGGGGUUUUGAUGUACAAGUGUCUAUGAACUGUCUGUGUGUCUGUAUUCACUAUUCUACGAUCCACUGUCCUAGUAGAUAGUCUCAAGAUGAAACAUUAUAAUGAUAAAUCAAGAGAAAGUAAAGGUCUUUUAUCUGAUCUGAAUCAAUGGUAAGCAUCAACAGGACUUUACUUUUUCUUGAUUUAACACAAAGAUGCCAGAUUUCAGGACUGGACAAUGCAUUUAAAAAACUUUUUGCAAACGUUGUGUGUUUCGAUAUUUCAGCAAAUUCAAUAGAAGCAUGCUGAAGAGCAAAUCUGCAGAGUACUCUCGGGGGUUAUGUUUUGAUUUGAAGUUUCUUUGUCUUUUUUCUCUCUUGAAUCUUCUCAAGAACCCUGUUCAAGCCUGCUCAGUAUAUAUGUGACUACUCAAACAUACUAUAACUCUAUGACUUCAAACCAGCAGAAGAUGUUUUACAAAACCUACAAAAAAAUUAAGUAAAUGUGCAAAUGAGCUAUAAACAACCUUCACAUUCAGCUUAUACAACUACCUUUUUUACUUUUGUAUCACUCCUUCAAGAGUUCCUUGCUUCACUGUGACUACAGAGGCUGCUGGGAAAGCUUCAGCGUGUUCUUCAGACACUCAGGGGUCACGACCUGUCCGGUCAGGAUCAGGGUUAGGAAGGUGCCAAAGACAGGAUGUGAAGGGUCAGUUUACCUGUUGUCACAGCCCUCAAUGCAAACAAUAAAGCAGACAAGUCCUAUUAUCUCUGGAGAAAACUGGGAACAACAAAGAGAAAAACCAUUUUGUCACUCAAAUUAAUUACAGAUGGAAGCAAUGUUAGUGACUCAUAAGAUGGAAAAAAAUAUGUUAAAAGGACAAAAAUCACAAAUGACCUUUACUGAGAAAAAUCUCCUUUAAAGUUGAUACAUGCCAUGUCAUAUCAGCAUUAGCAGAUAAUUCAAAUGUUGGCAGUCAAGCAGUCAAUGUAUUUUCUUAACCAUGUUUCAUAACUUCUAAGGAAAUGUCAAGUAGAGAUGUGAAAAAGUAAACAACCGCAUAGGCUUACUGAAGAUAAUUUAAGCAAAUCUGUUUAUCACACAUAGAAAAUGUGUUACAAUGACAAAUGCUGUAGAACUUAAGGAUUUCUGUCUGAAAGAGAAUGACACCUCCUAAAGAGGAUGCUUUUCAUUCAUUCAUAAUGUACAAUAAAACAGCAAAAGCUGAUGUUAUUGACCUUUAAUGGGGCGUCAUUUUAAAUGUUGCUGCCCCAAUGGAUUAUCUCCUUUCCUUUGGUCCAGUUUACCCUAUGCUAAAAGAGAUAUUAGGCAAUGAACAAAAUGUUUAUUUAAGCUUCAAAAGAGACGUUAGAAAUACUUUGACAGGACGCAUCAGACUAGAACCAGGUAAAUUGUGUUUUUUUUAACGUUUUUUAUUUUGUAAACUUUCCCAGAGUCUAGAAAUAAGAUUGCCUAACAACUUUCAUUCAAGUGAAUUAGGGUCUUAUUGUCGUCCAGUAUCUAGUUUUAAUAGUACAUAGUGUUAUUUAAUCUAGGGGAUUUCUUGGUCAGAGUAAAAUAUAUUUUUUUGCCUUGACCUAGUUUUACCAUCUUAUAAGUCACUAAGAGGAUUGCAUAUUAUGAAAGCGACUAAUGUCUAGAUGUGGGUGUAUCACAGUCCGGGACACUAAACAGAGAAUAAGAAGCCAAAAUGAAAACAAAUCCAGAGUAAAAUACAAAAUAUUGCUGGUAAUGUAACAGUUUGCAGUUACAUCGUGGGCUAGAGUCUAUUACUGACCA